GAAGUUUUGAUAAAAACACUUUAGUUUCUAACUCAAUAAUUUGUUUAACAGAGAUGGUUUCAUUUGAUUUGACAGUGGAAUAUCCCAAUAACCCAACAACUAUUAUCAGAUUCUGAUUAUUGUUUUGUAAGGUUAUGAUUGGAACGUGGAUCCGUACCAACUAGCGUGAAGAGCGCAAACACAAAUGCAAAGAAACAUGUUGGACCCCAUUGCUUUUAGUAGGAAGCAGAUAAACACCCAGUUAUUCAGGACCUCUGAAGAAGGAUGGGCGGUUUCAAGCUUUUGAAACGCUGACCAAAUGUUUGUUCUGUGUAUUUUUCUCCCUUACCUUUCAACAAUAUGCCCGACCAAAGUGUAUUCCUUGAUGGAGACUCGUGCGUCUCAGGAAGUUGGAUGGUGUGCAUUGAUUUUUUAACAUGAAUAAUGUAAGUGAUGUCAUAAGAUGGUAGUCUAAUGGCUUUUGGCUGUAGUCGUCCCCUGGGUGCAGUGUCUCCGGGAGGCUGGAGUGUAAAUAUGCUAAAAGUGGUCUGCCUAUAGACCCCCUCUGUUGUAUUUGUUGUUAAAAUAUGGUAAUGACAUCAGGCAGAUAUUGCUGUUUCUGCAAUGAUUUCACACCACAUGAGAACCCUCUGUAACAAAAGAACUGGAUAACUUUAUUAGCGUGGUUCAAGUCAUGUUGUUUUGUCUGUGACAAAAGGCAGAUCACGGAGCUCAUGGUUUGAGGUACAUCUGUGCAAAUAUUACUUAAGCAUUCUCCUCAAAGCUCCGCAUGGGUAUGUCCCAAUCCUGUUUGCUGUAAUACACUUUUACUCAUCUCUAUGUCAGCCCAGGACAGGCAGCAAUUACACUUUGCAGACUUCUUUGUUCUUUUUAUGUUAAAGGUGCUCUGUAGAGGUUUCUUCAGUUUCGAACCAAAAUGCAUCACGUGAGGCUUGAAAAAUGUGUUCAAUGCAUUUCCUUUCCCAGAAAAUGUGUCAUUCGGGUGUUUUCUUAAAUAUGUAUUUUGAAUUGUGCUUUUUUUUAUAGUAUAUACUAGAAUGUUUGCUAGCUUGCGGACUUCUUCUUCACUGUUUUUGUUGGUGCCUGAAAAAAUACUCUUCCAUCAAUUUGAUUAUUUGAUCCAAAGAAAAUCAAGCACCAACUUUUUUGAUAAUCAAUUAACUUUUAGUGCCAUUUAUCAAGUAAUUUUUUUGAUAUAUUUUAUCUAUAUAUUAUUGGUUAAAGUAAAGAUAAAAAGCAAUUUAAAGAAGUCACAUUGGGCUCUGGAAACCUGGACUGGACUUUGGGCUUUUCAGUCAGACUGCUGAAUCAAUCAGCCCUUGUCUCAGUCUCUUGCUACGCAGCAGCGAUCCUCUCCCUCAGCUCCCAUCCCAUCUUCCUCCAGAGAGCUUCAGGUUUCAUUGGUAUUCAUUGUCGGUAUCACCAACAUACCAGAGUAUGUUACAUUCUCAUUCUCUUCAUCAUUGAUGUAUAGAUUACAGUGAUUGUCGGGCCCAGUCGCCCACAGUGCUGUCAGCCAGCCGAUUCUCUGUGGCUUCAGUUCUCAGGUACAUGGGGGGGGGACUUUCAGAGGAUGUGAGGCAACACAAUACUCGUCUGUCAGAAGUGCACCUGCUCAUACCGACUUUGAUAGGGCAGUUGUCGUGUCUGCCCCUCAGGGAUUCGUAAGAAAAUGGUGCUCUGAAAGAUGAUGAAUUCAGAGACGAGGGUGUUGUGAUGGAACGCCCAGGGUUGAGGGAAGCAUCAUUUGUUUGCAAAAAUGUUGUCUGGAUUUGGUUUCUAAAGUUUUCUGUGUAAGGAUUUACCCUCUAUAGAGUAACAUAGUUUAAAAUGAAGGUGGUUGCAUGCUUUGGGCCGUGCGCUGUGUUUUUACAUGGCACACUGCGUUUGUUUCUCUGCAGUAAACAAUUUCAAUUUGAAGUUAAUCCCUGAAUACAUCACUGGCUCCUCCUCUCAGUCUUUUUUGUUACAAAAUUGCACCUCUUCUACUUCCAGUCUAUCUCACUACCAUUCCCCCUCCUUCCUCUCUCCCCCCGUCGCUGUCAUUGCAGUGUUUUGGACGCCGUUCCGUUGCCAUGAAGCAACCGCAACAAUGGCCCCUCUCUGUCAGAGCGCAUCGCUGCCCGAGGAAUGCUUGUUUAGUAGUGGCAUGCCUCGACAGGGGAAACACAUUGUCUUGUCUACCAGUUGAACUCUUUCAUAGACUCUUGCUGCUGUUCUCUCAGGGUCAUCAGUAACUGCCUCCGUCUGAUGACAUCGCCUUUCCAUGUGCCCAGAUGAGCUCAGACAUCCUUUAUCAUGGGGGCCUGAUACCUCGCUCAAUGCUACUAAGCAUUGUCGUUGCAGUAGUGAGAAAUUGGCCACGGUUAUUCAUGCAGACCUUUGUCCAGCUUUGUGCCUCUUAGGUUUUAUAAUAAUCAAAGUUUCAAUCAUUAGGGAGUCAUGUGUUUAAAAAAAAAAAAAAAAGAAGUGUUAUGGCUUUUUUUAUGUUUAUAGCUUAAGAGGCACACUGUACAGUUGCAUACUCGAUAGAAAGCUAUAAUCAAUUCUCUUUUAAGCUGCUGCUGGUGCUCUUCUAUCCAAACUGUUGAAUAGCACAGCAUUUGUAGGGUAAAUCGUCAGUGCAUUCACCGUCUCAGUGUGACCACCCCCUACUGUCUGUGUUGUUUUGAGCCAAAGUCUGUGUAAUAUACAGCAUGUUGCCCCAGCGUUUACCUUCAGAGACUAUGCAGAAGAAAUUGUGCUCCAACACGGUUCCGCAGGGAGCGAAGGGGUACAGUGCUGAGUGGACAAAGCCAAGAGUCCCUCCCAUGAGGGUCUUUGUCUGGCUGUCAAAGCCCAAGCAAACUAAUGUUUGAGUAGGAGAUUCAAGUUCAGCGGCGUGCCAAAUGUGAGUCAUGGUGCUGCGAGUGAAGCUGCUAUCCCAACAAAUCGGCCCGGCUAUUCUUUUAUCCAAAACAACUUUUAAUUUACAGAGAGUACAGAUAACUCAUGGGCUUGAUCGGACUCCUAUUUAUUGUUGUUAUCAAGAAAAAGUUUGACUGCUUCUGGGAAGGUGAUCAAUCUAAUUCUGUUUUCCGAAGCAGUUUAAUUCACCUCAAUAGAAUCAUCAGGAUGCCAGAAAGCAAUUACUGUGUUUUGCUCUGCCAGGGAGUCGGGCCAUUUGCUCCGGCGGUCAGUCGAUAAAUUAGACGCACAGAGUAGAAAAUGAUGUUAGGUGUAGAGUUCGAGCAGCUAGACUUGAGACCUAUUAUCUUGUGCUUCUCUGCAGCAGAUAAUGUCGCUCAACAACCGAAAGAAACAUUGUUCAGAAACAGAGGAGCUUCUUUGAAAGGUGUUCCGUUUCAUUAUCUUGUUACAGUGCGGUUAUUUGAGUUCUCAAAUUGAACAGUUUCUCAAUGAAAACAAAGUCUUAGCCAUGGACCCACCCAUGUAGCUUUGUGAGGAAGUUUACAUCAUCUACGCUAAACUACUUCAUAGGCCCAGUAGUGAAAGGAAUGAAGACCAACUGGUUGAGUUCCGUCUGUGUGCUUGUCUUACCUUUUACCUCACUCGCUUGUUUUUUUAUUCUGUGUCUUCCUCUCCAACCAGCUCCCCUCUCGGCUCUGAACACAAACCCAACGAGGCCUGACCCGGAGGGGGAGAGCAGCCCCCCGACCACGGAUACCACCGAGAGAAUGGCGUCUCCAGCUAAGAGAGACACCGAUUGGAGAUUGACAACCCCCACAAAACCUGACGUCAUUCCUCGAUCCCCCGGGUCACCUGCUUCACCUGUCCCCAGGUUGAAAAGUGGCAAAGACAUCGUGAAAGCAGAGGAGAGGCAGAAGCUUGCCAAGGAGCGGAGAGAGGAAAAGGCCAAAUAUCUUGAAGAGCUCAGCUUGUUACAAGCUGCUAAAAAGAGCCAGUGGCUGGAGAAGGAGGAGAAGGCGCGGCAGCUGCGGGAGCAGCAGUUGGAGGAGCGCCGCAGGAAGCUCGAGGAGCAGCGGAUCAAGGCGGAGAAACGGCGAGCCACCCUGGAGGAGAGACAGAAACAGAAACUGGAGAAGAAUAAAGAACGCUAUGAGGCAGCCAUCCACAGGUCAACCAAGAAAACGUGGGCAGAAAUCCGCCAGCAAAGGUGGUCCUGGGCUGGUGCACUAAGCCAGAACUCCAGCCAGAAAGAAGGCAGAUGCUCUGUGUCAACGGUCAACCUGCCCAAACACGUGGACUCUGUUAUAAACAAGCGACUGUCCAAGUCCUCUGCUACGCUCUGGAACUCCCCCGGCAGAACCCGUAGCCUUGCACUGAGUCCAUGGGAGAGCAGUAUAGUCGACCGGCUGAUGACGCCAACGCUGUCUUUCCUCGCUAGGAGCCGCAGUGCUGCCAGUGUCCUCACCAAUGGCAAAGAUGGUCACUCUCCUGUCUGCCCCCGCUCGGCCUCAGCCAGUCCCCUCACGUUGUGCGCCCACCAGCCCCACCGCCGCUGCUCCGACCGCUGGAGAGUGACGUCCAGCACACCCGACAUCACCCAGCGCCAACACAGACGGAGCUCCACACCCAUGGAUAAAAACAAGAAAGAAAAGAAAGACAAGGAACGGGAGAAUGAGAAGGAGAAGAGUGCCCUCAGUAAAGAGAAGGUGCUUAAGAAGAGACAGUCUCUACCCAGUAUGAGACACCGACCGGAUCCAAGUCCUAGUCCUUUAUCGAGACAACGGCCGUCAUCCCCAGCUACGCCGAAGGGCAGAACUGCCUCCCCCAGCCCUGCUGCCUCCCCCAAGCCUCCAUCCACACGUGGAAGCCCGUCAACCCCUAAAGGACGACCAAAAAGAGCCAGGACCCCUGCCAGGAUAGACCACCGCACCUCUUCCCCCGUCCCCCUCGAAAGAGUGAAGGCGCCUCGCAGGCCCGCAACUCCCGAUAAGAGAGAGAGUUCCGCCGUGGUUCCUGCCAUCACAGUAGCCUCCGCCUCCGCCUCACCCCGUCCCUCGACCCCAUCAACCACUGCAGCCUCCCCCUCACCUGAGCCAGUCCAUUCAGCUCCUUCUGUUCCUGCAUCAUCGCCUACACCGUCUCCAUCAGCCAAGCCCAUGGCAGGCACCAACAACCCAGAGGAGGCAGCUCGCAUCCUGGCAGAGAACCGGCGACAGGCCCGAGAGCAGAGGGAGAGGGACGAGCAGGAGCGCCGCGAACAGGAGGAGAAGGAGAGGAUCCUGAGAGAAGAGCGAAUAGCUAGGGAGGCCGAGGAGAGGCGACUUAGGGAGGAGGAGGCACGUGCCAUGGCCGAGGAGCAGAGGAGGAGGGACGAAGCCCAGCGCGUGCAGGACGAGAAAGAGGCUCAGGAGAGAGCCAAAGCUGAGGAGGAGGAGAACCUGCGCUUACAAAAACAGAAGGAAGAAGCUGAGGCUAAAGCCCGGGAGGAGGCGGAGAAGCAGCGUCUGGAGAGAGAGAAACACUUCCUGAAGGAGGAGCAGGAGAGGCUGGAGAGGAAAAGGCGUCUGGACGAGAUCAUGAAGAGGACACGCAAGACAGAUGCAGGCGACAAAAAAGAGACCAAGUCCUCCCCUCUCACAAACGUCAACGACAAAGAUGCAGAGAGCAGCAAAGCAUCUGCUGAUUAUCAGCCAAAGCCAGAGAUCAACUUGACCAAUAACAAGCAGGAAAAUGGACAGACCAGCGUCAAAGAAAGCAGCCCCUCAGUCCCUGUGGUCAAUGGGAUCCAGCCCACGAGACAUGAAAAUGGUCUAUCCACUAAAGAAGACACCGCCCACUUUGGAGAUAUCAUCCAUCUCGCAAAUCACGGCAACACCACCAACGGAGCGCGGGAUAAGUCUGAGACCAGCAUGGCCACCGAGCCGAUCCUCGCGUUCGAAAGUGAGGAGUCAUUCAUGAAAAAGGCCGGCCCCAUGAAGCCUCAGCAUGUCGCAGAGGUCCUGUGACAUAUCCCCAGUGUUGAAGUGCUCGUCGCAUUGGCCAUAGUGCUUUCCCGAGCCCUGUGAACUGUGCCAGCUGUUUUCAAAGCCCCUAAAAGCAAACAUUCUUCUCUCCGAAGAUGAAGCGGGCAACAGAAGAUGACGAUCCAGCAUCGGGACACAAAAAGCAAAAGACAACGGGAUGGAAAAGUGUUGCUGUAUGCAACACAGGUGCGUCAGUGUUAACACUUAAAAGAUCUUUGUGGCAUAGAUUCCAUGCACCUUAAUACUCAAUAGUAUCCUCCUUUGUACAUUACAGUCCAGCUGAGUAAUUAUUACCAUAAGCUGUAAGUGUUUCUUUUUUCUUUGUUCUUUAGUUAUUUAACUGAAAGAUAAAUAUAAAAGACUGGGUACAUUUCUGUGAAUAAUGUAAAUUAACUUUGUGUGAUGGACAAAGGAAGUCUGUGGUUUAAAGUUGAAAUGAAAGAGUCAUUUUAUGUUACUCUGCUCUGAGUAGACACUCUAAGUAAAAGCCAGGUAUUAUACAUCCUGGUCUGUACAAAGCUACCUGUAACAGUUUUUGUAAAGUUAAAUUGAGAACUCCGGAUGCAACAGCUUCUUCCUGUGUGUAGAAAUACUGUGUGUGCAAAUCUCAGCUAUGAUUGAUUGUACGCAGAACUGGAUGUAAUCAUGAGUGUGCAAUUUCACGAAUAAGAAACCGCAGGUCAUUUAAUGUGAAUCCCUAGAAACAGGGAUUUACUCCACUAUUCAACUCUCUCAUGUGAAAGCAUGACAAAGUUUUCUCUCAUAUGCAUUGAGACUCCAUGGACUCAUAUGUAUCUGAAAUGCUGGUGCGUGUAUAUGCUAUAAUUAUUUUGAUGUGCGUUACGUCAGUGGGAGCAUCUUACGUCUUAUUAAAGGCAAGCUGUCCAGUC